AUGAAGGAUGCUAUGAUAUUUAGCAAGAAGGGGAAACUUAUUCCCCGGUAUAUUCGUCCUUACAAAAUCCCUAAAAGAGUUGGUAAUGUAGCUUAUGAAUUCGUGCUACCUGAAGAGUUAGCAGCAGUUCAUCCGACAUUUCAUAUUUCUAUGUUGAAGAAGUUCUUGGGUGAUACUUCAUUGGCUGUACCAACUGAUAAUGUUGGGAUUAAGGAUAUGUUAUCCUAUGAGGAGAUUUUGGUCCAGAUUUUAGAUUGUCAACUUUGCAGGUUGAGAAAUAUGAAAGUUAAAUCAGUCAAGGUCUUUUGA